UGCCGUUGGUGAGUUUUCCCCAUUAUGGCGGAAGGGCACGCCGUGCGGAUGGGCCGUCUCUCCUACUCCGAUGCUUGUUUUGUUUUUUGAGGAAGGGGUUUUAUUUUAGUUUUUUUAACAUUUCGAACCGACACCCUGGUUUCUUUUCAGCUCGACGGUUUUUGUGUUUUUCGGCGAAAUUAUGGCAGACCGCGGCGUUGAUUUGUCCGCCCUGCCAAAAGAGGCUCGAGACCAGUUGGCGGAGUUGGAUCUAGAGCUGUCUGAAGGUGACAUCACCCAGAAGGGCUACGAGAAGAAGAGAGCCAAGCUGCUGGCCUCCUACAUCCCUCAUUUGCCAAAUGCGAGCCUUGCUCUGCCAGAUGUACAGCUUUCCCCAAGCCACAGUGCCGACCCCAGUCCAAGUCCCGAGGCCCCAGCCCCUUCCACCUCUUCGGCCUCCAGACACCAUCGUGCACACCGCAGUGGAGGGGCCAGGGAUGAGCGCUACAGAUCAGACAUCCACACAGAAGCCGUACAAGCAGCAUUAGCUAAACAUAAAGAAGAGAAGAUGGCGCUGCCCAUGCCCACCAAGAGACGCUCAGCCUUUGUUCAGUCCCCUGCCGACACCUGCACUCCCCCAGACACGUCCUCUGCAUCAGAGGAUGAAGGCUCACUGCGUAGAAAAGCAGCUCUCAGUGCAGUGCUCGCUCAGACCCUGCAGAGCCCCGACUACUGGAUCAAUCGUUCUGUCCAAAGCUCUUCCACAUCCUCGUCUGCUUCCUCCACGCUCUCCCAUGGAGAGCCUAAGAGUCAGCCCCAGCCUCAGCCCGGUGUCUCCGUGUUAGCCGACGUGCUAGCCCACACACGGAUAGAAAACAGUGUCCCCCCAGAUGUGACAUCGUCCACUCCACAGGAGAGAGGAUCCAGAUUGGACCUCCCGCCAGCGGUCAGGGGCAUGAGUCGAGGGCAGAGCCGUUCCAGCAUGCUGGACACUGCUGACGGUGUUCCUGUCAGCAGCCGCGUGUCCACUAAGAUCCAGCAGCUGUUGAACACACUUAAACGGCCCAAAAGACCACCACUCAGCGAAUUCUUCCUCGAUGACUCUGAGGAGAUUGUAGAGGUUCCCCAGCCGGAUCCUAACACCCCAAAGCCCGAGGGGCGCCAGAUCAUCCCAGUGAAAGGGGAGCCUCUGGGGGUGGUCAGUAACUGGCCUCCAGCCUUGCAGGCUGCCCUCGCCCGCUGGGGGGCUUCCCAGGCCAAGAGCCCCGCCCUCACUGCGUUGGACAUCACUGGCAAACCCCUCUACACACUCACUUAUGGAAAGCUAUGGAGUCGCAGUCUGAAGCUAGCCUAUACGUUACUUAACAAACUGGGCACCAAGACUGAGCCCGUCCUGCAGCCUGGAGAUCGAGUGGCACUGGUGUAUCCGAACAGUGACCCUGGAAUGUUCUGGGUGGCCUUCUAUGGCUGCCUGUUAGCUGAGGUCAUUCCUGUUCCCAUCGAGGUGCCGCUGUCUCGUCAGGAUGCAGGCAGCCAGCAGAUUGGCUUCCUGUUGGGCAGCUGUGGUGUGAGUCUGGCUCUAACCAGCGAGGUUUGCCUCAAAGGCUUACCCAAGACUCCAAAUGGAGAAAUUGUCCAGUUCAAAGGAUGGCCGAGGAUGAAAUGGGUGGUGACGGACACCAAAUACCUGACCAAACCAUCCAAAGACUGGCAACCUCACAUCCCCACUGCCAACACGGACACUGCCUACAUAGAGUAUAAAGCAAGUAAAGAGGGAACUGUGAUGGGAGUUGCUGUUUCCAAAAUCUCCAUGCUGACCCACUGUCAGGCCCUGACUCAGGCGUGCAACUACUGUGAAGGAGAGACGCUGGUCAACGUGUUGGACUGCAAGAAGGACAUGGGCUUAUGGCACGGCGUUUUAACAAGUGUCAUGAACAGAAUUCACACCAUCACUGUACCGUAUGCUGUCAUGAAAGCUUGUCCCAUGUCCUGGGUGCAGAGGGUUCACAUCCAUAAAGCACGUGUGGCCUUGGUGAAGUGUCGUGACCUCCACUGGGCCAUGAUGGCCCACAAGGAUCAGAAAGACGUCAACUUGUCUUCGAUACGUAUGCUUAUAGUGGCUGAUGGAGCCAACCCAUGGUCAGUGUCAUCAUGCGAUGCCUUCCUGAAUGUGUUCCAGUCUCACGGUCUGAGGCCUGAGGUCAUUUGUCCAUGUGCCACUUCUCCUGAGGCUCUGACUGUGGCCAUACGCCGACCUGGUGCUCGUGGAGCUCCUCUCCCAGCCAGGGCCAUCCUGUCUAUGGGCGGCCUGAGCCAUGGGGUCAUUAGGGUCAACACAGAGGACAAGAACUCUGCUCUGACUGUACAGGAUGUGGGCCACAUUAUGCCUGGAGCACUGAUGUGCAUCGUGAAGCCGGACGGACCUCCGCAGCUGUGCAAGACGGAUGAGAUCGGAGAGAUCGUGAUCAACUCUCGAGCUGGAGGCACCAUGUACUACGGCCUUCCUGGUGUCACCAAGAACACAUUUGAGGUGAUCCCCGUGAACCAGGCUGGAGCUCCUAUCGGAGAGAUUCCCUUCAGUCGGACCGGUUUGCUUGGAUUUGUGGGACCGGGGAGUCUUGUGUUUGUUGUGGGGAAGAUUGAGGGACUCCUGAUGGUGAGCGGGCGGCGCCACAAUGCUGACGACCUGGUGGCGACUGCGCUGGCUGUGGAGCCUGUCAAAACUGUUUACAGGGGGAGGAUUGCUGUUUUCUCCGUGACGGUGUUUUACGAUGAGAGGAUCGUGAUCGUAGCAGAACAGAGGCCUGAUGCCAGUGAAGAAGACAGCUUCCAGUGGAUGAGUCGAGUACUACAGGCCAUCGACAGCAUCCACCAGGUUGGCCUCUACUGCCUGGCUCUUGUCCCAGCCAACACCCUCCCAAAGACACCGCUAGGGGGCAUCCACAUCUGUGAAACCAAGCAGAGUUUUUUGGAGGGGAACCUCCAUCCCUGCAACAUCCUGAUGUGUCCACACACCUGUGUUACAAACAUGCCCAAGCCUCGUCAGAAACAGCCAGUGGACGUGGGUCCAGCUUCAAUGCUGGUCGGCAACCUGGUGGCAGGGAAGCGGAUCGCCCAGGCAACGGGCAGGGAGCUGGGUGUAGUGGAGGAUCAGGAUCCCAUUCGAAAGCUCUGUAUGUGGCCCACCAUGAUGCACCAGUUCUUGUCUGAAGCUCUGCAGUGGAGAGCUCAAAGUGACCCCGACCACGUUUUAUACGUCCUGCUCAAUGCUAAGGGCAUAGCAGUGUGCACGGCCACUUGUGCACAGCUACACAAGCGAGCAGAGAAAAUCACAGCCACACUCAUGGAAAGAGGAGGCCUCAACACCGGAGACAACGUGGUGCUGCUUUACCCUCCAGGUAUCGACCUCAUCGCUGCCUUCUACGGAUGCCUCUAUGCAGGGGUCAUCCCUGUGACAGUCAGGCCACCUCAUCCCCAGAAUCUGGCUGCUACUCUCCCAACAGUCCGUAUGAUCAUCGAUGUCAGCAAGGCGGCUUGCAUCCUUACCACUCAACCCCUCAUGAGAAUCCUCAGGUCCAGGGAGGCUGCUGCCAGUGUCAAUGUCAAAACAUGGCCGACAAUCAUUGAUACAGAUGAUCUCCCCAGAAAGCGUCCUCCACACAUCUACAAACCUCCCACAGCUGAGAUGCUGGCCUACCUGGACUUCAGCGUAUCCACCACAGGCAUGCUGACUGGAGUCAAGAUGUCUCAUGCAGCGAUCAGCACUCUUUGCCGCUCCAUUAAGCUGCAGUGUGAGCUCUACUCCUCACGCCAAAUAGCCAUCUGCCUGGACCCGUACUGUGGGCUAGGCUUCGUCCUGUGGUGCCUCUCCAGUGUUUACUCAGGUCACCAGUCCAUCCUUAUCCCUCCACUGGAGCUGGAGAGCUCACUGCCUCUGUGGCUGAGCACGCUUAGUCAGUACAAGAUCAGAGACACCUUCUGCUCCUACUCUGUCAUGGAGCUCUGCACCAAAGGCCUGGGAACACAAACGGAGAUGCUGAAGGCUCGAGGAGUGAAUCUAUCAUGCGUGCGAAGCUGUGUGGUGAUAGCAGAGGAGCGACCUCGUCUCGCCCUCACUCAGUCCUUCUCUAAGCUCUUCAAAGACCUGGGCCUGUCCCUACGAGCUGUCAGCACGGCCUUCGGCUCCAGGGUGAACCUGGCCAUCUGCCUGCAGGGCACCUCUGGACCAGAUCCCUCCAUGGUUUACGUUGAUAUGAAGUCCCUGCGUCAUGACCGGGUCAGGUUGGUGGAAAAAGGAGCACCUCAGAGUCUUCCCCUCAUGGAGUCGGGCACUAUCCUGCCAGGUGUCAGGGUCAUCAUAGUCAACCCAGAAACCAGAGGCCCGCUGGGAGACUCGCAUCUUGGGGAGAUCUGGGUGAACUCCCCUCACUGUGCCAGUGGCUACUACACCAUAUAUGGGGAGGAGAGCCUGCAGGCGGAUCACUUCAACACCAAACUCAGCUUUGGGGAUCCUCUGACUCUGUGGGCUCGGACGGGCUACCUGGGCUUCAUCAAGAGGACGGAGCUGCUGGAUGCCAGCGGAGACCGCCAUGAUGCCUUAUUUGUGGUGGGCUCUCUGGAUGAAACGUUGGAGCUGAGGGGAUUACGGUAUCACCCCGUCGACAUUGAGACGUCGGUGUCCCGAGCCCACCGCAGCAUUGCUGAGAGUGCUGUGUUUACGUGGACCAACCUGCUGGUGGUGGUGGCGGAGCUCAGCGGCUCGGAGCAGGAGGCCUUAGACCUGGUGCCCCUCGUUACCAACGUGGUGCUGGAGGAGCACCACCUCAUCGUGGGAGUGGUCGUUAUCGUGGACCCUGGGGUGAUCCCCAUCAACUCCAGAGGAGAAAAGCAGAGAAUGCACCUGCGAGACUCCUUCCUGGCGGACCAACUAGACCCCAUCUAUGUGGCUUACAACAUGUGAACAACCUUCAGAAACCGAUGCCCAAAACUGAGCCAGGAUCAGAGGAAUCACGAGGGACCUGGGGAGUGAACAGUAGCAACCCCAGUGCUGACCUAGACACAGAUUUAAGAGACCAAGCAACACGGGAAUGCGAGCACAGGAAACGGACCGUAACCGUAAAAUGCUUCCCUCUCAAACAGUUCUUUCUUUGCUUCCACCUGCUGGAUUGCUGCAGCCCACACUCACCAAGAGGAUGGGGAUAGAACCCUCUUCUUCCACAACAAUCCAAAUCAUGUGUUAGACGCUUUUACUUCUGAAUGCUCCUUAAGACAAAUAUUUUCCAUGUCUUUGACUCAUUUACCAUCCAUUUUUUUUAGUUUCUUUUUGUACCUCCUCUUGUCAAAGACAAAGGAGGGCGCACUGGAACUUCCUCUUUGCCUGCACGUCUUUGCACGUCCGGCUCCACGUCGUGUCUCUCCUACUUCAAAAGGAGGUCCCAUGUCUGCUGCUUUCACAAGAGCAAACGUCCACAUCAGUAUUAAAAAGUGCCACCAGCAAGUCCACCGUCUUGCUAUCACCCGUAUUCGCCGGCAGACGUAGUGUCAGCAUUCGCUCAUUACAAACAAAAACCUGAAGACCUGGAUAGUAAACAAAAAAAAGAUACCUUCUUUUGGGUGUGCAAAGACUCACCGAGUUAGAGUUACUAGUAAUUAUUAAGUUGAUGCACCAAUUUUAAGAACAAGAUUUAAAAAAUAUUUGGUGUUAAAGUGUGUGUGUUAAUUGGGAGUGCAACUGAUGUCUACCUUCAGGCUUUUACAAAGAUCUAACACUAUCAAGCCAAUGAGCCCUAUUUUAUUUCUUAGUUCUUAAAGUUCAGGCUGGUUUGUGCCUCUCAUGGCCACCGAUCAGAAAUAAAAACCUCAUGUUCAUCACUUUUUAAAGAUCUGUAAUAAUGGCCACAUUAGUCUUUAUUUGACAUUUUAACAUGUUUAGUAAUAAAUGUGAUUUGAAAAAAAUAGUAAAUGACUUAAAGGCGGCUCAGUAGAGCCACUGGGAUUAGGAAUAACAGAGAUUAUUCAUUCCUCCCUUUAAAAACAGUGGUUCAGCUGAAAAAAAAAGUUUGAGAUGUUUAUAAAUCCUGUUAAAAAAAUCAGUUUUAACAUAAAAAGCUGAUGUUCUGAAAAGAGGUGCUAGCUUCCAGCCUGUGUGUAGUUUUAAGUCUAAAACAGCAUCCGGUAACGUCACAGACGCUUAGGUAAACGUAGAUCAUCAGAAGGCAGGUCAGUGCCUUUCACCUUAGAUGUUUAUAGUUAUAAAAUAUUCAAUUCAUUAAAAAAAAGUCUCUUUGCCUUAUUGCAUCUGUGGGACCUCCACAGAAAUCAGACUCCAGUAGAACAGAAAACACCCUCAUGCCUCAUAGAGAAGUCUGCUCUUUACCUUUGUCAUGCCUCCCUUUGAUUUAAGUGUGAUCGAUAUUUAAACCAGUUCUUUCUGAAUGUAACACUGAGAGGGGAAAAAAUAGAAGCAAUCCGUUUAGCAACAUGUGACUCAAAAAUGGCAAAAUCCUCCUUUAAAAGAAAAAAGUACAAUAGAUAGGGUUAAAAUGUCUGUAUAAUGUAUUUUAGAGGUCAAAUACUGUACUACUAGUGUUACUGUGUUCAUAGAGAUGGACUCUGUAGAUAAAAACUUGACUGAUCUUUCAUACUUGACAGCAUCUUUCUGUAUUAUUAGUUCAGUUAUGCCAGAUUUUCAAAGUAAAAGACAUGGAACCGGUUAUUUAGGCAGAAACAAUGUGCACUUUCCCAAUAUCAUUUUCUGUGUGUGUGUGUGUGUGCACGUACAUGAGUACGUGUGUGUGUGUGUGUGUGUGUGUGUGUGUGUGUGUGUGUGUGUGUGUGUGUGUGUGUGUGUUCAGCUUAAUGAUAUUUGGCAUUUUGGUGCAACAAGGUUUAUAUUUUGUACUAAACUAAUCCCAAAAUAUUGAGCCUUUUUUAAUUUUCUUUUAUUUUUGAUGUCGCCUCCACUGUAUUUCCACUCUUUCCAUCCAGAAUUUGGGUUUAAUAUAUUUUCUUGGGCUUUCACUGAUAUUUUCCUGAUGCAUUUGGACCUGCACAGCCUCUGCAAACCACUGGUUUAAUUACCCAGCAGCCUGACACACGCAUGCAUCCCAUCGAAGGACCACUGAGGACACGUACGCGAGCCAGUAAUUUGGUCACUCAUGAAUAACUGUGUGAUAAUUGCUUUGUCGCUACUGUUUCACUCCAACGAGUUUUAAUAAAGUUUUAUAAUUUCUCAUUGGCCUUCAAGCCUUUUCAAUAGACGGUGCUAUUCAAUAAAAAAAAGCCGUAGACAGAUUUUUGUCCUUCAGCAUUUUCACAAAAAGGGUUCUGCCUCGAAGUCCUUUUUGUGUGAAAGUAGAUCUUUUACUGUGCUAACAUGGUUUUUAGCUUCAGUUCAAAUCUUAAAUACUUUUUUAUCCACUCAGUGAUCUGAUGCAAAAUCUCUCCACAGGCAACUGGACACAGGCAAUGCAACCUGACUUUUUUAUUGUGUUUUGUGCUGUGAGAAACAUUUCAAUCGUCCAAAGUUGUUCUAAGCACAAAAUGUAACUGUACAGGUGUGACAAUGAGCAAAAUAAUACAAACAGGAUUUUUCACUCCCAUGAAUGAAUAAAAGACGUCAGUGGUUCACACUCUAUACCUCAACAACAACCGUCUGCUCACUAUGCAUCAUGGAGCUGCAGCGAACAUGUUCUGGACUAGUCAAUGGUGCGAUAACUUCUAACAACAUGUCACACUUGACAAAAACACUGUCACGCUGUCAUUGGAUGUGAUUCAUGUCAAAUAAAAAAAUGCUUUGUCAGA